CGAAGCCAUGCAUGGGAUAGGACGCAUUCCUGAUGAGGUCGGACAUCUCAUCCUGAGUGAGGAUGGAGCUAUUAUUACGUCCGGAGGCGACCUGGAGAACGCAGAACAGUUUGCCAGUUCGAUCAUGUCCCUGCUCACGUGCACGUCUCGUAACCACUUGAUGCAGAGUGAUGGUGGAGGAUUCAAGAAGAUAUCAGUUACGUACACAGACCACUGCUACGUGAUCUGCCUUUCCAAUAAGAACAUACACAUUGUGAAGAGAAGGUUUGCUACGCACGAACCUGUUAAUGUGUAAUGGAGUGAGGUUUUAAUAGAAGAAAGGAUAUAUAUAUAUAUAUAUAUAUAUAU